AUGAGACAAAGAUCGGUCAAAACUGAGACCGAUGGAAAUAGGAAGAGGGAGGAGGACAACUCCCCAAAGUCCAAGAAAAAGAAAGGUAAGCCUGGGUUCAAUAAGCACCAAAGUAAGUCUAAUGAGAGACCAACUUGCAAGACCUACACCAGGAGGCACUGGGGACAGUGUCGCUCAGAUCAGCAGGCAAAACCUUGUGGCAUUUGCAAGAAGACAGGGCAUAAGACCUUAGAGUGUAAAGAUCUUAAGGAUGUUGUCUGUUAUGGUUGUGGCGAAAAGGGCCACAUUAAGACGAACUGCCUGAAGGCCGCUAAGGAAGACACUUCUAAACCUGGUGGGGCAAAGAAGGGAAAUGUCCGAGCCUUCCAAAUGAAUGCUAGAGAGGCGGUCAAUGACAAUAACAUCAUAACGGGUACGUUCCUAAUCAAUAUCUUUGCUAGAGUUCUAUUUGAUUCGGGUGCUGAUAAGUCUUUUGUAGACCUUAAGUUUAGUAAACUAUUAAACUUACCAAUAAGAACUCUAGAUAUUACUUAUGAGGUAGAACUUGCCGAUGGAACCAUAGAAUCCGCAUCUUCCAUUCUUGAUGGAGGUUUCAUAUCCAUUAAGAAUCAUACUAUUCCUAUCUCUCUUCUGCCAAUGAAAUUGGUGGGGUUCGAUGUAGUUUUAGGCAUUGAUUGGUUAUCGCAUAACCAAGCCUGCAUUGCCUGUGACAAGAAACUCAUCGAGAUUAAAACUCCUUCUGGUGAAAUGAUCACCAUCCAAGGAGAUAUACACUAUGGAUUGCCUGAGAAGGUGUCUCUACUCAAGGCAUCCAAGUGUCUGAAGAGCGGAUGUGUCAUUUACAUGGCACAGGUGACGGUAGCCAAGCCAAAGCCCAAGAUAAAAGAUUUCUCUGUCAUUUCCGUGUACCCUGAUGUCUUCCCUAAAGAACUACCUAGUCUACCUUUGGAGAGGCAAGUGGAGUUUAGGAUCGAUAUCCUACCUAGAGCUGCACCAGUUGCAAUAGCUCCUUAUUGA